AUGGCACCCAAAACUAUCAUCGUCACUGGAGCUUCCAGAGGCAUCGGCCUCGCAAUCUCAAAAUACCUCCUCUCCGCCCCUCAAAGCCACAACGUCGUCGUCGUCGCACGAAGCAUCGAGCCCCUCCAAGCCCUAAAAUCACAAUACAAGGACCAAGUCGCCGUUCUAAACGGCGAUCUGGCGGACUUCAGUCUCGGGCAGAAAGCCGUCGAGCUGGCCGUGAAGACCUUUGGGCGGUUGGACGGGCUGGUCCUCAACCACGGGAUCCUGGGCCAGGUGGGGAAGAUUGCGAGCGCGGAUAUCGAGGAGUGGAAGAAGGGGUAUGAUGUGAAUUUCUUCAGUCUGGUGUCGUUUAUCACGGCGGCGGUGCCGGCGUUGAGGGAGAGUAAGGGUCGGAUUGUGUUUACGAGUUCUGGGGCUAGUGUCUCUGCGUAUCGGGGCUGGGGGCUUUACGGGUCUACGAAGGCUGCGAUGAAUCAUCUGGCUUUAAGUCUUGGGGAGGAAGAGCCUGAUGUUGUCAGUGUUUCUAUCCGGCCCGGGAUGGUGGAUACGGAGAUGCAGAGGGAGUUGAGGGAGGACCAUGCGACGACGUUGGAGCCGCAGGUUCAUUCUAAGUUUACGACGGUGCAUAAGGACGGGAAGCUGCUUAAGCCUGAGCAGCCGGGCCAUGUCAUGGCCAAGUUGGUGCUGGACGCGCCGAAGGAGUUGAGUGGAAAGUUUCUUUCGUGGAAUGAUCAACAACUCGAGGCCUAUCAGGCGUAA